AAAAGAAUCUGGUUAUUUGUUUUUUAAGGUUACGUGUGUAAGAAAAUAUUUUGAUACUUUGAAAGCAAAUUAUGUCUACAAAAGUCAGUUAUAAACGAUACAAAUGGGCUCUUGAUACAGGAACAAGGGGCAAGGCGGACCGGAGCUACGACCUGGCGUCCCCGCCGGGCUACAACCCGUCUGCGGGCCAGAACUACACCGAGGUCGCCAGGGAGUCAGACCCCAACCAGCUGAUCAUCAAGAAGUCCUGGGAACUGGCACUGGGCCCGUUGAAGCAGGUUCCAAUGAACUUAUUCUUCAUGUAUAUGGCUGGUAACUCAAUUUCUAUCUUUCCAAUCAUGAUGGUGGGGAUGUUCAUAAUGCGCCCCGUGAAGGCUCUCUUUACCAUCCAGAACACGUUCAAGAUGAUCGAAGGCAGCCACGCGAUGGGCCAGAAGUUCGUGUACCUGCUGGGCAACGUGAUCUGCGUGGCCGUGGCGCUGUACAAGUGCCACUCGAUGGGGCUGCUGCCGCUGCACACGUCCGACUGGCUGGCCUUCGUCGAGCCCCAGGCCCGGAUGGAGUACUCGGGGGGAGGCGUCUCCCUCGCCUGAGUCAUUCCCGUUGCGUUGUCCACGUGUAUGCAAAUUAUUAUUAUUAUUUCAAGCCAUCUUAAUUUGGAUUCUUCACAACACCAAAACUAUAAAUGUAAUAUAUUUAUUGUUAAUAAAAUACAGUUGUCAAACUAA